CCCCAGUCUCAUUCUCUACAUAAACCCUAUGAUCAUUCCAUAGGGUUUUAGAAGUCUCAGACCCAGAAAAAAAAAAAAAAAAAAAAAAAAACAGAGUCUCAGAGAAACCAGCGAGCAAGGUAACUGCAAUGGCUUUCUUGAGUAAAUUUGGGAAUAUACUUCGGCAGUCUGCAGGCAAGCAGAUCAACUCUGACUUGUCUUCUUUCAAACUGUGGACCCAUCAGGCUGUAAGAUGCAUGUCAUCCAUGGGAAGCUCAAAGCUUUUUAUCGGAGGUAUUUCGUAUCAGACGGAUGAUGGCAGUCUGAGGGAGGCUUUUGCAAGAUAUGGAGAUGUUGUUGAUGCACGGAUCAUCACAGACCGCGAGAGUGGCAGAUCAAGAGGAUUUGGAUUUGUUACUUACGCUACACCUGAGGGUGCAUCAAGUGCCAUUCAGGCCUUGGAUGGGAAGGAUCUUCAUGGCCGUGUAAUAAGGGUGAAUUAUGCAAAUGAGAGGCCUCCUCGUAGUAGCUUUGGUUAUGGAGGAGGUGAUGGCGGUUACGGGGGUGGCGGAGGCGGUUACAGUGGUGGCGGAGGCGGUUACGGUGGUGGCGGAGGCGGAGGUGGGGGUUACAGUGGUGGUGGAGGCGGCUACAACAGCUAUGGCAAUGACAGUUAUAAUAGUGGUGGUAAUUACGGAAGUGGAAACUCUUUUGAAACUGCUAGUGGUGGAGGUUAUGGCAAUAGCACAAAUUUUGCUCCUUCUGGUAGUGUUGCUACUGGUAGUGCCUAUAACUUUGGAGUUGGUGGUGGUGACAGCAGCUUUCCCACCGGUGGAGGUUUUGGCGAUAGCCCAAAUUAUGGUUCUCCUGGUAGUGUUGGAACUGGUGGUGCCGAUAACUUUGGUGUGGGGGGCAGUGAUGACAGUAGCUUUCCCAACAGGGACGAUGAGUUAGGCUAUCAGAGUAGGGCCUGAUAAAAAUUAUUAGAACUUCAGGGGAAUUUAGUUUGCUUCUCUGGUGUGUUAUAGAUUGUUUUUUUUUUAUCCUUACACCUUUUAUUUUGUGUUGGAUUUGGCUCUAUGAACUUGAUGCACGGUUGCGUGCUUCUUCAAUGCAUUGAAGAACCUGAGUUCUGGAAAUAAUUAUACUCUA